UUAGCUUUUAUUGUCAAACAUUUAGGUAAAAAGGUUUUCGAUCCCGUGUCUAAAUUUCAAGUUUAAAAAUAAUGCAAUGGAUACGUCUAAAAGACCAUGGUCUGGUCGCAGGGAGCGUAAAAAAUUUUGUCUAAUAACUUAUUUGUUAUUUGCGGCAUUUUUAAUUUUAGCGUGUGCUCAGUGGUAUCUGUUUUACUUGGUCGAUGCAACGAAACUCUUCUUUAAAGAUUAUUAUUGGGUGGGCAUAAUUUUCUUUCUUAUUGCUUGGGUGCUCGUAAUAAUAUUCAUAUACGUGGAAGAACUUCGCUUUAUAGUCCCCAUAAACUGGAUAAUGGGCAUUUUGAUAUAUGAAUUCAUUGUGCUAAGUCUGUCCUCAUUGGCAGUAAAGCAAUAUCAAUAUCAUCUUGGUGUUAGUUUUGUAAUAUGGGCAAUUGUGCUUGCUCUUUUUAUUUUGUUGGGUACCCUCAUACCGCAUGAUCUGACACUAGAUGUCGUGGUCCUAGUAAUUUUCGGAAUUUUAGCCCUUUUAGCUGCUAUUUAUUUUUUGAUGCUUCAUAUUGUGCUAAACGUGAAAUAUUCUUUUUUUGUUUUUCGCGCUUUUAUCGUAAUAAGCAUAUUAAUGUUUGUUAUGUAUCAUGCGCAAAUUAUCAACGGUGGGCGCUUCGCUGAAAUUCGCUCAAAGGAUUAUAUAUUGGCAGCCCUUAUACUGUUUAAUGAUUUUUUGCUUAUGUAUUUAUUUACGUUUCAGCUUGCACCAAAAUGGAGUGAUGAUUGUAAUGAACAUUGGAAUGGCACACAUCCACUUGUAGUUGACAAAUAUGUCAGCGAUACAUCAACAACUACCGAAGAUAUCGAAGACUCAACGACUACCACUCCUGAUAUCCUUGCCAAUACUACAUACCAAAUACUUAAAUAAAAAUAAAUGUUACCAGA